AUGGCAAUAGAAGUAGAGAAAGGAGGGGAAAUUUCUACAAAAGUUUACAGAAAGGCAACUUAUAACCUACUGUUAAUACCAUGGACUUCCCACAACCUAGCAAGCUAUAAAAUAGCAGCAUUCUGGGAGCUUAUAGAGAGAGCAUAUACACACUGCAACAAACCACAAGACAGAAUUAAAGAAUUAGAUCACAUUAAAGAACUAGCUAGGCAGUGCGGUAUCAGCCAGAAUAUGAUAAAGGCCAUUAUUAACAAAAGAAGAAUAGACAAUAACGAAGGCAAUGAGCAGGAAAGAAUAAAAGAAUACACUGUAAUGGAAUACAUGGAAUCUAACAGUAUACCAGAUGCUAUGCACAGACAAGGAAGACAUAGAUCAGAGGCUGAUUCAAGAAUAUAUAGAAUACCAGUACUAGACAAAAGGCGACAAAAAGAGCUAUACUACAUCGGAGCCUCAGGAAGAUCGUUAAAAGAAAGGCUAAAAGAGCAUAAAAGGAACGUGCAGAAUGAGCAGCCAGUCACUACACUAGCAACAUAUGUUAUAGCAGACCUGACAGAAGUCAUAUUUUUUCUCAAAGGUACAAAUUUGAAAGGAAAAGCCCAGCUAAAUUCUAAUUCAAAAACUAAUAAAACAUUAUUUUCAUCUGCUUCACAAUCUUUUCUAAAUUUCACCACUAAGAAACUUAACAGUAAAGGUGCAGUUUCAAAGGCAUCUAGUGUAGAAAACAAGGAAUUUCCACAUACAUUAAAUAAAGAGAGUUUUGUGAGUAAAACUUUCAAUUCAUCAAAAACUUCUCAAACAUUUGGAGCAAAUUCAACAGGGAAAGCUACUGGUGAAUUUUGUUGUAAAAGGAAAGGAGUUUCUGUGUCUUCAAAUAAUAUUGGUGCAUCAGAUAAGAAAAAAUUGCAAAAAUCAGAACAAAAAUUACAGUCAAAGAAUGAUGACACAGUCAUAAAAAAUUUUAAAGCAAAAAGAUUUUUUAGUUGCAGUGAUAAAGGAAAGAACAAAAGUCUUGUAAACAGUAAAAAAACUUCCACUAGUAAAUUAUGUAUUUCAUAUUCAAAAAAUAAAAAUGCUGAAGAUAAAAUAGAUAAAGUUAAAUAUAAAAAAGAUAAUGAAAAUAAAAUCUGUGAAAAGGAUAAUGAUCCAAAUUUAACUCUUCAAAAUCUGUGCAAAAGUGAACAAGACCAUGCUGUUUCAAAAGAGGAUUCUUUUUCUAAUAAUUAUAAUUUUACUAAAUCUUUAAGUGAUGAUACUUCAACGAGACGACAAAUUAAAGGUCGUCAAAAUAAUCCUGAUAUCAAAUCUGAUUCUGAAUUAUAUGGAGAUAUUCACUUAAAAUCUGUAUUGAAAGUAUUAAGAAGCAAUCUUAGUCCAGAGGAGAAACUAAGUGCAAUUAAAUAUAGUCACGAUUACUGGCAGAAAAUUAAAAAUGGAGAAAUAGCAUGUGACGAUUUAGAUAAGUUUACUGAGAAUAUAACAUUAAAAUCUUUAACUAAUUCUGUUAGAAGGAAGAAAUUUGAUAGGUUAACUACAGAUCAUGAAAUAUUUGCCAAAUCAAAUAUUAAAGAAAAAUGUACAAAAACUGGAAUGAAAACAUUAAAUAAAAUGACUAGUUUACCAGUAUGUUUGAAUAUGCCUAAAAGUAAUUCUGAACAAAUUGCAUUAUCAAGUAAAUUAGAAGAAGAAAUAUUGGUUACUCAGUUGGAAAAUGAACAUGUUGAAAAUUCUGCUUGUAAUAUCUCUGUUAAUGUUUCUGAAAGUGCACAAUUAGCAAAAGGAACUCCACCACCAAAAUCACCUGUAACUAUUCAAGAUUGGGUGAACUCCAUUGAUUUGACAACAGGAGAUGAAAGCUUUUCAGCUCACAAUUUACAUGGUGUUCAUGGAUAUAUAGCAGGCAAAAGGUCUGCUGAUGCAUCUCCUAGUACCUUAUCACCACAACCAAAUAAAAUUACUCUUGAUGAUUUGCGUUGUAAACAAAGUAGUUUUAAUUCAGAAACAUCGGGUAUCUCUGGUAUAUCAAGUAUAUCAAGUGUUGAAUCUCUUCUUGAAGCUCGUAGAGAGGAUCCAGAAGAGAUUUUAUUAGCACUUGGAUUUGGUGGAAAGCAGAGUUAUGAUCCUCUCUCUAGGAUUCCUCAACGCUUCUUGAAACAGCAUUCUCAAGUUCGAGGAGUUGAUAUUAAUACAUUUUUACAACAGCAAGAGGAUUUAUAUCAUCGACAUGAUAACAGUUCUCUUGGCUACAUGGGUCUUUCAGGUCAGUAUGAAUCACAAAUUGGAAGUAGUUGGAGCUUGCCUGCUAUGAGCAAGCAAGAGAACUGUAUAAAAGAUAUUAUCAUACGAAAUAUUGAUUCUCAUUCAGAAGGUGCACGGAAAUCUAAGAAAAAAAUGGGUGUUAAAUUUGUAGAUGGUGUAGAUAACGAAUUUUUACAUCAGCAAUCAUCUGACGAUAAGACAAUUCCUUGCAUAUCUGUGACAAUAAGUUCUGAAGAUUCAAAUCAAGUUCAUGAAACAGAAAAAGAUUGGUGGCAGCAAUAUGUAGAAAAAUCUGAUGUUACAGUUCUUAAUUUUAAUGAUAUUCAAAGUAAUUGUAACUAUUCUUCAACUGACAUUUGUGGCAGUUUUAAGCUUCAGUCAUCUCAGAAACGUAUGAUUCAUUCAAGUUUAGUUUAGUCAAGUAUUUUUUUAAUAAAAUGUUUGGAAGUAAUAGUUACUAUGGAAUACUCUGGCUGCCUUUGUUUUGUAUUAAUGUAAAUAUCUGAAAAUAUAUUUGAAAUUUUUAAAUAUUAUUUUAGAUUAUAAUAUAAAAAUAAUAAAUUUUAGUGAUUAUUGUUAAAUAUAUUACAAUAAUAAUAUCA